CUUCACACUAGUCAACCUCAACCAAAGUCAAAUGGCUUUUGCAGCUGAUCCAUACAUCCUCGCCUCACAAGCAAAGCAAGUCUUUUACUCCAGAAUAGAUGAGUCAUCUAGUUGGUAUGUAGCUAUGAGAGGUCCUACAAGAAGAUACCGUGAGGAAGAUGCUGAAGAUGGACAUGCAGAUGUUGGUCCUAUGCCAGCAGUAGUAGCCAUGGAUGCUGAUGACUUGGUUGAUGAAUCUAGAAAUGCUCGAGCUGACUGUGAAGGAAUAUAUGUUUGAAAAUGGAAAAGUUGUGAUUUUUUGGAUGAUGGCCAGUUAUUUAAUUUUUUGAUAAUGGGGAGGAAUCUGUGAAGCUGUUUUUUGAUGAAUUGUGUUUGUGUAAUGAAAUUAACAAUGUUUCUGAUCAGUUGCUUUGAGUGUUGUUUGUUGUUGUGUUGUUUGUUGUUGAUUUGCUUUGAGACUAUCUAACUCUUUUAUAUUUCAGGUGAACUAAGAUGGGGAAUCAGAAGAACAAGCGUGUGAAGAAGCAAAGGACAUAUGUAGAUACGGAGGUUGUGGAAGAUCAAUUCCUCGAAGAUAUAACAAACAAAGAAGUCUCAGAUGAAAUGGAGGCAGAAGAACAUAAUCAAAUGAGGACAGAGGAGAAUGAAAUGGAGGAAGAAGCAGAGGACUUGGGGGAGGAUAAACAGAAUGAAAUGGAGGAAGAAGCAGAAGCUGUUGAUGCAGCUGAUGAUGUGCAGACUCAGACUGACACAGCUACUACAUCACAGCGUAAAAGACGCCGAGGACCUACAAAGAUGAAACACAUUGCCAAGGAUCCAACUGAAAGGCAACAUGUCGACUUCACAGAUAUGGGGGAUCCCUGUGGUCCAGGUUCUGUACUGUUAUCCUCCUACUUGGGUCCCUUAGUUCGUGAACAUGUUCCGGUGAUCAUUGAUAACUGGAGACAAGUCAGUGAAGAAAUCAAGACUGUGCUCUGGAAAUCUAUUGAGAUGAGGUUUGACAUGGACGAAGACUUUAAAAAGGCUGCUGUGUUUAAGCAGAUGGGAUGUUUGUGGAGAGCAUCCAAAUCACGUCUGGUAACAGCUGUUAGGAAAGCUCCAACCAUUAAAGCUAGGAUGAGCCUGCAACCGAACAAUGUUUCUACAGCUGAAUGGCGUAAAUUUGUCAAAGAGAAGACCAGUCAGGCCUUUAAGGUUGUCAGCGACUCUUACAAAGAAAUAAGACAGAAUCAGAUUCCUCACACCUGCGGCCGUAAGGGAAUGGUGAGGCUGAGAGAAGAUUUGGUAAAGUCAAGCGAAGAUCCAUCAAAAGUGUCGAGGCUCCGAGUUUGGGUGAAAUCACGAACAAAGAAGGAUGGUACUCCUGUCAAUGUUAAUGCAGCUGAAAAGAUUAGAAAGGCAUCAGAGAUCGAACUUGAGGGUCAUGCCGAUUCAACGACAACGAAUCCAAAGAACGAUAUGCUAUCUCAGAUACUGGGACCUGAUCAACCUGGACGGUUGCGAGCGAUGGGCAGAGGCAUUAGCAUGACCAAAUUGAAUUGUUUACAGGUUAAGGACAGCUAUAUCGCUGCAAUUGAACAAAAACAGGUCUCUCUUGAGGAACAGGUUAAUGAUUUACAGAAGGCCCUUCGCCGAAUGAAUAAUCAGGGUCCUGCAACUGAUGUCAGUGAAAACUCCUAUAACAAGAGUGUAAAUAAUACCAGAUCACUUCCCAAGUGUUAUCUGGUUGACUGGGCUUCUGUCGAUGAGAAAGUUGCUGAGGGACGGGUCGUUUCAGCUGAAGCUGAUGAGUUAGUUAAUGGGGUUCCUUUAGGGCCUCACGCUGUGAAGGUUUUGGUUGAAACUGCAAUAAAAGCAGACACUUUUUUAUGGCGACAUGCACAUAAUAUGUUUACUAUGGAGGAUGCAGUUGGCGAAAUGAUUGCAUGGCAUUCUGAUCACUGUAUUGUUGCAAAAGCAGGUCUCAUUCCAGAAGACAAUGCUCCUACAGUUAAGUUUUUUCUCUCUCUGUUCCUAAGUAUGAUUUUCCUCUAUACCUGAGUAUGAUUCUGAGUCACUUUUGUUCGAUGUCUUUGUUGUGUUUGGCAGAGCCCUUUCACAAGUUCAGUUAACAAAUGCAAGCUCAUGGACUAUAUACAGAAGGAGGAAGUGGUUGCUUUAGGCCGAUGGCAGACUAAAGAACCAAAAUCAUUGGUGAAUGGACUUCCUCUUGGUCCUAAUGCAGUAAAAGUGUUUGUCGAUGAGGUACUAAACCCAACGGCAUUCAUAUGGAGGCCUACUGUAGGAAAGACAAAUAUGGAGGAUUUUCUGAACUGUUAUGUAGCAUGGCCUGAAAAUUGCGUUGUGUUUGAGCCAGAUAUAACCGAUUCUCCACGUCGUCAACAAUCCGAUUCUAAAGCAGUGAGUUCAUCUUCUAAGAAGCAGAAGUCUCCAUUAACUCCACCAGCUCCUAAGAAACCAUUUACUCCUGCAUCUCCUCUUCGCAGAUCUGAGGUACAACUAUAUUGUUGAAUUGUUUGAUUCGUUUUUGCUUUCUGUGAUGCUUGAAUUUUGGCUUCGUUUUUGCUUUCUGUGAUUGCAGCGUAACAAAUUCAAGCCAAAUCAAAAAAUCCAGCUGCUGGAUCUGUCUGGAAACAAGGUGAUCGUCGCUGAAGGACGUUGGUCUUCGAGUAAUCCUGAGCAUCUUGUCCACUUUCAGCGUUUGGGGCUUGGUGCUUGUAGAGUCUUUGUGGAUGUUGUGGAGGUGAAAGAUGCAUCUGUGUGGAGGACUUCAUCUGAGAUUGAGCAUAUGGAAGAUGCACUUGGAAGCGCUCUUGCUUGGCCAGAGGAUAAAAUUAUAACGGUGAGAGUUUUGUUUAUUUUUUUGUUCUUUCUCACUUGGAAGCACUCUUGCAUAAAUGUGAACCGAAGGUUAUGUCUUUCUUUUCAGGCUUGACAAAAGAGCAGAAGGAACCAGGCAACUAUUUAAGUUCUUGUUGACAUAAAUGACUUGGUGUUUGCUGUUUCAGAACAUGGCUUUUGUUUUUCAAUUACUCGGUGUUUCUCUUUUUUUCAUGUGCCGGAUGGAUUGAAAUGUUUGUAUGGUUUGAAUGAUUUACUUAAGUUAAGACUUUAUGUUAUUGUGUUUGAUCCAUUUUAUCAUUUCAGUUUUACAAAGGCCCAAUAAGAUAUAUGUCCAUAUCUAGUUUACAAAGAACAAAUCACUAUUCUCGGUUUAGGGCAAGGAUAGGGGUUAGGAUUCUCAUGUUUUUGUUAGUGAUUAGGUUUAGAGAUUUCUUUUAAGGUUUAUUCUAAUUAUAGUUUUGAGGUCUUUUUAAAGAAACUAUAACACACAUUAAAACAAAAUUAUAUGUUAAUCACAAAACACAUGAUGUAGUUCCCUUUCCACAUUAUCUUUCUUGUGAAAGGGUUAGCAUAUCUAGUGUUUAGUUUGAGGGUUAGGGUAUAUUGGUGUAGUUAAAGUGUUUAGUGGUUUAUAUAUUUAGAAAUUGAUGUCUAAACUUAGAUUUAUAUUUUAGAAUCAUGAUUAUAAUUUUUUACAAAUUUUAGAUAAUUUUAAAAAUAUUUAUAAAUAACCAGAAACAUAAUUUCUCUUCUUUUUUUAAUAGCCAUCGAUUGAUAUCUCAGAUCAAAGGCCCAUAAUCCACCAUCCAUCAGCUAUCCUCGUUCUCUCUUCCUAUUGGUUGAUUAUUUUAAGGCAAGGAUCAUAAUCUUGUCCGUUCGUAAAUGUUAAUCUAACGGUUCAGAAUUGUUUUUUCUUUUAUCUCCUUCCUUCUCUCUCAGAACUUACGCCCACCGCAAACUAGGUUAGAGAGUUAUCUCAAACCACCACAAAUCUCUUUGUGACACCACGAGCCCACCUCGACCCAGCACGAUUCCAUCUCACUGUCUACCCAUCACGAUUCCAUCUCAAACAACCAUGAUUCUCUCUUAAGCGACCUCGAUUUCUCUCUCUGGGUUUCCAUCGAACUCAUCCAUAUCAAAAGAUCCUUAUAGAUUCGAACCCUCACAGAUCUGGGUUGGGAACUUCUUCAAAGUCUAGAAACUCUAAUGGAAGGAAGGAAGAGCAUCGUAUGUGCACUGCCGGCAUCUGGAGUGAGACCACAACUACUCCAAAAACAAAAACCACAGCAAGAAGCACUCAACAGAGAACAAGAACGAGGACAGUCCUCGGGAGGAAAUGAUGUGGAGGAGAUAACCAGAACAGAGUUCAGAACCUCUCUUGGCUACUUGACACGCAUUGAGGAACCUGAAGAAGACAUCGACCCAAUGUUCAGAAACUCAUCUCUUUUCAGACGCCCACCACAAGCACAAGGACAGUCCUCGCGAACCAAGUCUGGCCGUCAUUACUAAUUGUUGUUUAUGUAUGUUGUUUAUGUAUGUUGUUUAUGUAUGUGUUUUUUGCUAUAUGAUGAAUCAUUUGUCAGCACAUUAUAGUGCUUUUGCA